GCCCUCCGCGAACCCGGGGAGCGCUGCGCGGGCGGCGUCUGGCUAGCCGUCACCUCCCCCUCCGCGGCCGUGCAGCACCAUCUUUGUCCGCCGCCCGUGCUUUGUGCAAGCGCCAGACCCUUGGCCUGCCGGGGUCCGCCGCCGAGCAGCCCCCGCGCCGCGCUGGCGUCGUCCUCGUCCCCCUCGCCGCCCCCCGCGCGCGGCCGGGCCUUGCCCCCCAUGGUUUCCCGGCCCGAGCCGGAGAGCGAGGCCAUGGACGCGGAGCUGGUGGUGACGCCGCCGGGCUGUUCGCACCUGAGCAGCUUCAAGGUGGACAACUGGAAGCAGAACCUGCGGGCCAUCUACCAGUGCUUCGUGUGGAGCGGCACGGCGGAGGCCCGCAAGCGCAAGGCCAAGUCAUGCGUCUGUCACGUUUGUGGUAUCCACCUGAACAGGCUUCACUCUUGCCUCCACUGUGUCUUCUUCGGCUGUUUCACAAAGAAACAUAUUCACGAACAUGCGAAGUCGAAACGGCACAACCUGGCCAUAGAGCUUAUGUAUGGAGGUAUCUACUGCUUUUUGUGUCAGGACUACAUAUACGACAGAGACAUGGAAAUCAUUGCCAAAGAGGAACAACGGAAAGCUUGGAAAAUGCAAGGCGUUGGAGAGAAGUUUUCAACUUGGGAACCAACCAAACGGGAGCUUGAACUGCUGAAACACAACCCCAAAAGACGAAAGAUCACCUCUAACUGCACCAUAGGUCUGCGAGGGCUCAUCAACCUCGGAAACACAUGCUUCAUGAACUGCAUCGUCCAGGCGCUCACCCACACGCCACUUCUGCGAGACUUCUUCCUCUCUGAUAGGCACAGGUGUGAAAUGCAGAGCCCCAGCUCCUGUCUGGUCUGUGAGAUGUCAUCCCUUUUUCAGGAGUUUUACUCUGGGCACCGGUCCCCCCACAUCCCGUACAAGUUGCUGCACCUGGUGUGGACUCACGCCCGGCACCUCGCAGGCUAUGAACAGCAGGAUGCCCACGAGUUCCUCAUUGCAGCCCUGGACGUCCUGCACCGGCACUGCAAAGGUGAUGAUAACGGGAAGAAGGCCAACAACCCCAACCACUGCAACUGCAUCAUCGACCAGAUCUUCACGGGCGGGCUGCAGUCGGACGUCACCUGCCAGGUCUGCCAUGGAGUCUCCACCACAAUAGACCCCUUCUGGGACAUCAGUUUAGAUCUGCCUGGCUCUUCCACCCCGUUCUGGCCCCUGAGCCCAGGGAGUGAGGGCAGCGUGGUCAACGGGGAAAGCCACGUAUCAGGAACCACUACGCUUACGGACUGCUUGAGAAGAUUUACCAGACCAGAGCACCUGGGAAGCAGUGCCAAGAUCAAAUGCAGUGGUUGCCAUAGCUACCAGGAGUCUACUAAACAACUCACCAUGAAGAAACUGCCCAUUGUAGCCUGUUUUCAUCUCAAACGAUUUGAACACUCAGCCAAGCUGCGGCGGAAGAUUACCACGUACGUGUCCUUCCCCCUGGAGCUGGACAUGACCCCCUUCAUGGCGUCCAGCAAAGAAAGCAGGAUGAAUGGGCAGUACCAGCAGCCAGCGGAUAGUCUGAAUAAUGAUAACAAGUACUCCUUGUUUGCAGUUGUUAACCACCAAGGGACCCUGGAGAGUGGCCACUACACCAGCUUCAUACGGCAGCACAAGGACCAGUGGUUCAAGUGUGAUGACGCCAUCAUCACCAAGGCCAGCAUUGAGGACGUGCUAGACAGCGAGGGAUACCUGCUGUUCUACCACAAACAGUUCCUGGAAUACGAAUAGCCUUACCCUCAGCUGGUCGGGAAAAUGAAGGCCACGAGUUGGCAAGCCCCACAGAACGAACCCCGACCUCCCCAACAUCAUGAUCCCACCACCCACACGGAAGUGCCCCGAAAGCGACAGAUUCUUCUGCGUCCUGGGCCCAAAGCGGCAGCAGCUGGUGCCCAGGACCGGGCUUUGAAUGGACACGUGCUGCGGUGGGAGGAGGCUCCAGGAACUGCACGACCAAAAAAUCACGAGGGGUGUAUUCUGCAUGGAAGGGGCCAAGUAGAUGUUUCACGAGUGUAUCUCCUUUGCUCCUCAAGCAGAUGUGUGGGCAGUUGGGGUGGGGGUACCCCCCACAGCAUGGAGCAGCCUUGCCCUGGUGCUUCAGUUCCGUUGCAUGACAGUUAAAAGGCGCCAGCCCAUUUUACAAUUAUGGGUCCAUUAAAGCAUUAGAGAGGAAAAAGAUUCUGUGCAAGGAGGACUUUGCGAGUAUCUUUGUGAGGUUAAGUAUUGAGUAUGUGUAGUGUGGGACUCUUAGCUUCUCUUUUGUCUGCAGAUAUCAAGACCCACCCCCACCCCCACCCCCAGAGCCUGUGGAACUGAAGACACUUAACUGGGGUUUCCAAGCACGUCUGUUCUGCAGAUAACGUAGCAUCAAACUGCAUGUGGAAAUAUCAGCCUGGGUGUUCUCCCUCAGUUUUCUAGGAAUAGGCAUUUUCUCAUUCCCCUCCCUUUUCCUCUCUGUCCACAAUGGUGAAUUUCAUAAAUGUAAUGAUAGUAACGUGAAUGAAUUAUUGAGUUUGUAUUGAAAUCUAG